CCUUUCGUCUGAUAACGUACCUUGAGCAAAUGAUAAUGUUUCCUGGAUUGUUGCUUUUUACGCUUGUAUAUUUUAAGAUUGUUGUGUCUUUGGCCCCAAAUGGAUUAAGUCCUUCCACACCACCCCCAGAAAGCAACGAAGCUGAUAUUUACCCAUGUUGGAGAGACAUAACAUGUGUCUUAGGGGAUGAAGCUGAAGAGGAAAUUAAUCCGUGCUAUGAUUUACUUACUGAUAAGGAAAUGGAAUUGGCAUUAAAAUGGAUGGAAGAGGGUUCAAAGGGUUUCAUCAAGGAGAAGGAAUUGGAUAGAGCCUUGGACAAAUACUGUGAUCUCGUAGAGGAUGAUAAGCAAGCAGUGCACACUUAUUUAGCCAACAAACUCAUGGAUCGAUUAGCGGUCGUAUGUAACAGUAAUGAUCAAGAAAUUUGUGAUCAAUGGAGGGGAAUGACGAAUUGCAUCUGUGACGUGAUAGACGGCUAUUCGGAUGAGCAGAUCUGUGGUCAGGCAGUAGAUGCGCAGCGAAAAGUCCAAUAAAAAUAAACUGUCUUGAAGUUUUAUGUAAUGUGUGUAUUCGGAUAACUUCAAAAUGC